GUUUCACAAAAUCUAAGCACCAAAUCAUUGACUUUUUUUUUCGGAUUUAAUGUGAAUAAUCCGUCCAUCUGAAAGUGUAAUCCAAAGAUGGAAAAAGGGUUUUCGUUGGUGCCGAAGGAAGAGGAAGGAGAAGAAGAAUGGGGAGAUGUAAGAGGAAGUACAGAGAAGAAGGGUUUUGGAAUGGAGAUGAUGAAGAAGGUGAGCUUCAUGGCUGCUCCAAUGGUGGCUGUGGCUGUUUCUCAAUACCUUCUUCAGGUCGUGGCUGUGGUUAUGGUCGGUCACUUGGACCAACUCUCUCUUUCCUCCGUCGCCAUAGCCACUUCCUUGACCAACGUCACCGGUUUCAGCCUCCUCUUUGGUUUGGCAGGAGCACUUGAAACUCUAUGUGGGCAAGCAUUUGGAGCAAAGCAAUACCGGAAACUCCAUUCUUACACCUACAGUUCGAUGCUGUGUCUUGUCUUGUUCUGUUUCCCAGUUUCUCUUCUCUGGUUUUUCAUGGACAAACUCUUGGAAUUCUUCCACCAAGAUCCGAUGAUCUCCCGAGAAGCUUGCAGAUACUCCAUCUGGUUAAUACCGGCUUUGUUCGGUUACGCCUUUCUCCAAUCGCUAUCUCGGUUUUUCCAAUCACAAGGAUCGGUUUUACCUCUCUUCUUGAGCUCGGUUGCAUCUCUGUGUUUUCACUUACCCUUUUCUUGGCUUCUGGUUUAUAAACUCGAAGCCGGAAUCGUAGGAGCAGCUCUCUCUAUCGGGUUUUCGUAUUGGUUCAACGUCGUCCUGCUUUGGAUCUUCAUGAGGAACUCUUACGAAACCCUAAUCCCUGCUUCGGAAGAGAUCUUCUCGAGCAUGAAACAGUUCAUCUGCCUCGCUGUUCCAUCUGCUAUGAUGGCUUGCCUAGAAUGGUGGUCGUUUGAGCUUCUGAUACUUAUGUCUGGACUCUUACCAAACUCAAAGCUCGAAACAUCGGUCAUAUCCAUAUGCCUCACAACUUCUGCUCUGCAUUACUUUCUGGUGAAUGCAAUCGGAGCAGCUGCAAGCUCACACGUCUCGAAAGAGCUAGGAGCUGGAAACCCACGAGCAGCUCGAGCAGCAGCCAACGCUGCGCUUUUGCUCGGAGCUCUCGACGCAACGAUAGUAAGCGUCGCUCUCUACAGCUACCGACGCAGUUGGGGAUACAUUUACAGCAACGAGAGGGAAGUGGUGGAUUACGCGACUCAGAUCACGGAAAUUCUCUGCCUUUCAAUCUCCGUCGACAGCUUUCUAGCCGUGCUUUCAGGGAUUGCAAGGGGAACGGGAUGGCAACACAUAGGAGCAUAUGCGAAUAUAGGAUCAUAUUAUAUGGUCGGGAUCCCGGUGGGAGCGUUCUUGUGUUUUGUCGCGAAUUUGAGAGGGAAGGGGCUAUGGAUCGGCAUACUUACAGGCUCCACUCUUCAAACACUCGUUCUCGCUCUCUUCACUCUCUUCACUAACUGGAAAACCGAGGCAGCAAAGGCAAGGGACAGGAUUUUCGAGAUGGUACCUCAAGAAAACAAUAGUCUCGAGGAGGAGGUGAAAUUUGUCGGACAACCUACAGAAUAUGUAUAAGAUUAUAUAAGAUUGCAAUUUUUGCUUGUCUUUAAAUGGUUUAAAAAAAAUCACAUGCGUGAAUGAGAAGUGAAUAAUUGAUAUA